UAUUUUUUUUUCUUCAGCCAAGUUCUGACCAUUCUUCCCGUUCACUCUCCCUCCGGCGAAUUUUCACUCUCUUUGUUCUUUGCGAUCAAGUUUUGAUGUAGGAAAGGAAAAAAAGCUGAUCCAGUUCAUUAUAUUGUUUCUCAAAUGGAUCCAGAAGCUGCACGGAACGCACGGGAUUCACUCGAUCUGGUAUUUCAUAUGUCAAACAUUCUUGACACUGGGCUUGAUCGUCACAGUUUAUCCGUUCUGAUUGCACUCUCUGAACUGGGUUUCAAUCCUGAGGCCUUGGCUGCUGUAGUUAAGGAGUUUCGUAGAGAAACACCGGCUUCUUCUUCUGUCCAAUCAUCCGCUCCAUCAGCACCUUAGGCCGAUUAAUUUUGAAUCCCGUUGAUUGCUGAAAUUUGAUGGAACAAUCUCAGAAGGAGCUCUUUCUUAACCCUUUUAUUCUUCCCUGUCGAUUGAUAUGUUAGUGGUUUGUUCUCUUAUCCAACUUUAGCUAUCAUCUUCUACUUUGUUGGGUGUUCUAGUAUUGCCUCCAUACGUUAUAAGCAAGUACUUAUCGAGGAAUAGUUUUAAUGGAGCUCAAAAGGAUGCUUUUACUAGCUGCUGAUUGAUUAUUUCCUGAGGUGCAUUCAUUCCAAUGCAACCCUGAAUGACCAACUAAAUCAUUAGUCACACAACCAUUGAGCAAUUGUAACCAAUUUCGCUGCUUGCAUUCCAUAGUGCUUUUAUCCUAUCAGAGUGGCUUCCCUUUUUUGUUGAAGAACUAUUGAGUUGUUGAAUAAACUUGGUCAGCAAAUGAUUUUUCUGUUA